AUGAAAAGAACUCUGGAAAUUGAUUUUGAUACCAUUGAGCGUGUUAUUCCUAAUCUGAGUAAACGAGUAAAAUUUAUGCAACAAGUAAAAGAAUAUAAUGAUAUGAUAAAUGGAAAGGGGUUAUUUGUGAGUGAGAAUGAAUUAGAUAAGGAUGAAUCGAGUGAAGAUAAAUCGAGUGAAGAUGAAUCAAGUGAAGAUGAAUUGAGUGAGGAUGAAUUGAGUGAAGAUGAAUUGAGUGAAAAUGAAUUAAAGAAGGAUAGUGAAGAUGAAUCGGAUGGGAAUACCAAGAUACGAGAGGGAAAACCUUAUAAUAGUUUUGUGAAAGAGAGAUUUAAUGAUGUUAAGGAAUUAAAUCCAGAAUUGACCAAUCAAGACAUCUUUAGACUUCUUGCUAUUGAGUGGAAGAGUA